AUGAAGUCCUACCUGAUGCCUCAUGAUGACAUGCCUUUCUGGAUGUUCAGAGGCUCUGCCAGUAGUGUGCACCAAAUUGGAAAGGCUUUGAGAAUGGGUCUCUUAACAUAUUGUGUGGCUGUCCCCUCCCUAGGCACCAGUCUAGCUAAGUCUGAAAAAGCUCAUUACCUAAAGCUGGCUAGCAGGCGAUAUGCUUGGGGGAAUCCCGACCUGCCCACAGAAAGCGCUGUGAGCUGCGCUCUGCUCUCCCUAGCCCUGGAAGUCUCCACUGAGAUCGCAGACUCUCCUGAGACUGAAGAGGAGGAAGAUCAUGUCCUGGUCUUAAAUUUGAGCAAUUUCAGUGAGGUGCUGGCCGCCUAUGACUACCUCUUGGUGGACUUCUAUGCUCCUUGGUGUACUCCCUGUCGAGAUUUGUUACCUGAGUUUGCCAAGGCAGCGGAACAGUUGAAAGCUGAGAGUUCUCAAAUCAGAUUGGCCAAAGUAAAUGCCACUGAAGAGCACCAUCUAGCACGUCAAUUUAAAAUUCGAGUGUUCCCUACUAUCAAGUUAUUUAAGAAUGGAGAUACCUCUUGCCCUAUGGAUUAUACAGAUGGUAGAGAAGCUAAAGAUAUUGUGGAAUGGAUGAAGAAACGAAUCCAACCAUCUCUCAUUAUUCUGGAAGAUGCUGCUGCUGUCCAGUCUUUAGUGGAUUCCAAUGAAGUUUCUGUUAUAGGCAUAUUCAAAGAUGCUCGGUCCGCCAAUGUUGAGAAUUUCACAGCGGCUGCAGAGUGCAUGGAUGACAUCCCAUUUGGAAUCACUUACAGCGAUGACACAUUCUCUAAAUAUCAACUGGAUAAAGAUAGCAUUAUUCUCUUUAAAAAGUUUGAUGAAGGUCGAAACAAUUUUGAUGGAGAGAUUACAAAAAUGAAUGUAAUACAUUUUGUGAACCGCCACCGGCUGCCCUUGGUCAUCGAGUUCAAUGAACAGACUGCCCCAAAGAUUUUUGCAAGUCAGUUGAAAACUCAUUUAUUACUGUUCUUGCCAAAGAGCAGUCCAGACUCUGAGGAUCAAAUUAACAACUUCAAAAAAGCAGCUGAAAAUUUCAGGGAGAUUAUCUUCUUUAUCAUCAUUGAUAGUGAUCGCAAUGAGAACAAGGGUAUCCUUAAUUUCUUUGCCCUGGAGAAAGAAGAUUGCCCAACAUUGCGCCUCAUUAGUAUGGAAACUGAGAUGGUCAAGUACAAGCCUGAGUCAGACGAAUUAACUUCAGAGAAGAUAGAGGAAUUCUGUAAGCAGUUUUUGGAGGGCAAAUUCAACUACCAUCUGGUGAGCCAAGAAAUUCCUGAUGAUUGGGAUAAAGGGCCUGUUAAAGUAUUGGUUGGGAAGAACUUUGAAAAAGUUGCUUUUGAUGAAAAAACUAAUGUUUUUGUGAACUUCUAUGCUCCUUGGUGUACUGAGUGCAAAAAAAUAGCUUCCAUUUGGAAUGAACUGGGAGAAACUUACAAGGAUCAUGAAAAUAUAAUCAUUGCCAAGAUAGAUGCAUCAGUUAAUGAAGUAGAUUCAGUUAUGGUCCACAGUUUCCCCACACUGAUGUACUUCCCUGCAGGUCCUGAUAAAAAAAUCAUUGAAUACCAUGGGAUAAGGACACUAGAAGGUUUUGAAAAAUUUCUUGACAGUGGUGGUCAUGAGGGAGCAAGGGAAGUAAGUCACUUAGAAGUCGUAGAUGAAAAUGAAGAACUAGAGUUAGAAACUGAGACUGAAGAAGACAGUGGUAAAGAGAAAUGA